GUCGUGUCCACUUUUAUCUCAUCGCGCUAAACACUCGCAUCACAGUUUUUUCUUUCAAUAUUAAUUUGAAAAAAAAAACAAUCAGUAAAGAGAGCUGAAGCGAUUUUCUUUAAAUUCUUAAAAGUUAAUUGAUUCCAGCAGAUUGGCAUUCGGGACGAUUUCUUUGGAAGGAGCGGCAAAACAAAAGCCACAACUCGCCGCUGAUACGAGCUUCCUUUUGAACAUGGCGCUUCCUAGCUUUGUGACUUUUCCCCCAAUUUCCGAAAUCGAACCUCGACCUAGACCGUUUUGGGAUCAGAAUUGUAGGAACUUCAAUUUCCCCUUUUGUGAAUCGCCUGGCUUGGGAGAAUAAGUUCAAAUUGCGUUGAGGACAAAAUUACUCUCUGGUGUUUGGGCAGAGACCAAUGGUGAAUAUCCGGUUCGGAUGGUGUGAUUAACGGAUUUUUUCCCUUUAAGUGAAAAAUUUUUCCGUAAUUUCUGGCCGAUCAUUCUCAACGCAGAAGGGAUUCACUCAAAUUUCGGUUAGACCGACUCCGUCGUUGCAUAUAAUACGCUCCAGUUUGCUCCUCGCCGAUUUUUAUGUUGACGACGCCUUGGGGGUUUUUCAAAAACGGGCAGUUGGGUUCCACCGCUUGUGCUCCGACUCCGGUUUGUCUCCAGCCUUCAAUCUGCGCCACUCCAGUUAAUUAAGUUGCUAUGAAUGCAGCGGCAAUCUCAGGUGUGGUACCAAUAAAAAUUAGAUAAACUAUAAUUUUCAAUUACAUAGGGCUCUGAGCAUUAGUAAAAGAAUAAUAUUUUGAUUUUAAUUAAUUAUGGUCUUGUCCAGAGGAGUUUUUUUUUUAAUUCAUACUUAAAAGAUUUUCAGCCAAUUUGUGCAAUUAUUUAGAUUUCAUCAAGAAAUCAGUUAAUUCCAGUAUAAUAAAUAUUUUAUAAAAAUAUCGCUGGCAAAAUUAUCCAUCUGCUAAUAUUUUCCCCUGGGAUAUGGGAUGAUUGAUAAAUAAUUACUUCUUGCAAAAAUAUCUUAAGUUUUAAUAUUAGUAUGGGCCAAAUGUAAUAUACUUUAAAAUUUAACAUAAUAAAAUAUUCUUUCUGCUACCCACUUCAUUAUUUGUUAACAAUUUGAAGCAAUAAACACGUGGCAAAAAAUAUUAAAAAAUAUACACAUUUGUUCCAAUUUUUGUUCUACACAUAUCGAGGAUGCUGAAAUAACUUUUUAAUCGGAAUUUAAUGGAUUAUAUUUUUUUACUUUCAUUUUCUAAUAAAAAUGAAAAAAAGUUGGCGCAACUUUCUUAACAUAUUCAUUUUCAAAUAUUUUCUUUCCCUUAUUCAUUUGUAGUUUAUUUAUAACAGAUAUGAAGCGCAUCGUCGCUGAAAAAGAUUGAUUUUAAAUUUGGUAAGAUUAGGUUUUUUGGGUGGGAGGAGAACGACAAACCAGAAUCAGAACGCAAACGGUGGAAACCAAACUGCCCGUUAUUGGAAAACCCCGGGGUCGCCGUCAUCAUGAAAAUUGGCCAAGAGCAAACUGAAGCGUUCAGCGACGGAGUCGGUCUAAAAAAAAUUGGAGUAAAUACUUUCAGCGUGGUUGUGUGCUAGAAAAAUAUGAAAAAACGUUAUUUAAAAGCCCAAAAUGCGUGAGGUACACCUUUUGAUUUAUGAAUUCAUAUCUGGUCGUUACCUAAACACCAGAGAGUUAGUUCUCCUCAAUGCAAUUUGAACUCUUUUUUAUAUUUGGACCAAGCCGUGGAGGUCCUCGCGCUAUCCAGAUUUUUCUGUACUGGAGGGAAAUUAUGUGAGCCCCCAGGACUAUCUCAGGAAUAAAAAGCAAGACCGAGAUAUCACGCAAUUUACUUCAAAUAUCCACCGCAUCUACCUCUCCACAUUGGAAAUUUGUGGCACCUUUUUAGAUUUGCCUUAACUACAAUUUUGAGUUGAGCGAAUGAGAGGAAGAAAGACACUGAAGACGCUCAAUGCCCAUUAAAAAAUAUUAAAGAGCGUUGAGAAGUGGGAAAUGAAUUUAUCUUGGAGGUAUAUCUCGAAGGGGAAUUCAUCACAUCAAUGACAAAGAAUCACCCACCCAACUUUUCAGUCGAACAUCAAAGAUUGGUCACUGAGGUUGCCCCAAACCCCAAAAGGCUUUAACUGAAGCAAGCAAGCUUUUUAUUCUCAGGACGCGGCAACCAUGUCAAUAGUUUUAUUUUCAAACUGGAGCUCAUAAUGAUGCUUUCUAGAAAUGAAAAAUUGUUCGAACUUUUCACUUAUUCAUGAUAUGUCUGAUAUGAUACAAAUUAUGAAAAGGACAAUUUAUAACGUUUCAAACCUCACUGACAGUGUAAAAGCUACUUACUCAUGCAGUAAUAAAAAAACUAUUUUUAAUGUUUAUACUAAUAACAGAUUAAAUUUAAAUAAAUAUUUACAAUUUUAAAUGUUUAUGUUGGUUUUCUAUUCCAGACUGAUUUCUUUUAGAGAUCGAUUCUCAGUCACUGGUCGAGGUCAGGAAUUGAUUUUCUGGUUUUCUACUAACAAUUUUGCGUAAAAAUAAAUAAAAAGACAAGCUUAAGAUUUAAGAAGUUGCUGAGACUGAGAAGUUUUUUUGUAAGAUUUUCAACUUUUGCACUUGGACGCGGCAAAAUAUUUACACGCACAAAAUGAAAAAAAAACUCGCUGCAUUUCUACCAUUUAUAAGCUACAUCAAAAAUGAAAAUCUGAUAAAAACGAUGCAUAUUUUGAAUGAACAUGAAAUUCUUUAGAAUAGUGUGACAAAGUUACCUGGUCCUAAACAUUAGUUGCAAAUUAAGUUUUUGUUGAAUCACGGAAGGAAACCUCUGCCCACAUCGAGAUACUUUUGGUAAUAAAAAAUUUAAAAUCAUUAACGAAAAAAUUUAAAUAUUUGAAUGAGAGAAAAGGAAACGCAUUAUUAUGGAUACGUUAAUUAAUAGGAUAAAAAAUUUGUAACUUUUAAAUUUUUGUUUUUAUAUCUGAACACUCACAAAAAGUAUAAUAAGAAAAAAAGAGAGAUUAUGUUAUCAAUCAAUAAUAAAAUUGACUAUUUUGUUCGCUGUGAGACUUCUCUUGCACAAUUUAUAAGGAAAUAACUAAAAAUGAGUAACCGCAAGCUUAUAAAGUUUAGCUUAACAUAAUUUUUCAAAUUUCCCAGCUAAUGCUGGUUUAUUUAAAUUAAAGAUAAUUAAAAACAAUUCAGUUAGUAAAUAGAAAUUAUUUUGACAGUCUAUCACACUCUCUCUAUAUUAAACUGCUAAAUAACUGCAUUUGAGCAAAAAAUUACUUUUUAGUAUAGGAAAAAUUAAAUGAAAAAUAUUAAAGGUGAUGAUAAAUAAAAAUUUUGUAACAUUUUGUCAACAGUUAAUAAUAGAGACGUGUAAAAAAUAUCAAUAAAAUAUAAUUGUGUUCUUCUUGUUCGCUUUUGGCCCCUCCUUCGCUCGCUUUUAAUACAGUCAGCCGCGCUUGCCUCUGGUACAUAAGACUUUUUUUGAAAGCUGGACUUUUUGUUGCACGCACAAACGAAAGAACGUCUGGGAUAUUAACUUUAGCCGUGCACACGCGAAUCUUAUCUGUAAAAACCAACAGCACCACUCUUUUAGCCUAUUUCACACUAAUUAUUUGAGGAAAUAAUGCAAGAGGAAAGCUGUAGCGAUUUGUUAGAAAAAUAUAAUUCCAGCAGCUCGGCAUCGGAUCUGGGCGAUUUAUUGCAAGGCGCGGCAGUAAGAAAGCUCGUCACUGCUGAAAAGGGUUUCCUUUUUAACAUCGCGCUUCAUCGUUUUUUUACAUUUCCCACGAAUUUAGAAAUCGAUCCUCAAGCUUUGGCAGACGCUGGACUUUUUUGGGACGAGAAUUCGGGAACCGUCAAAUGCCACUUUUGCGAAUUCGUGAUUGAGCGCGAUUCCGUAUCAAAUCUGAAAGGCAAAAGCCGGAGGGAAAUCUUGCAAAUGAUGCCGAAUUGCAAGUUGGAGCAAUCGGAUAACAUUGAGCUGGAUUCCGCCGCUAAUUACAAUUACGAGUCGCACCGCCUGUACUCGCUACUUCGGAAAAAAGACUGGGAAUUCGUGACGCCCGUCGACAUGGCCAAAGCCGGAUUUUACUACAUGGGGUCCAAGGACAAAGUUCGCUGUCAUUUCUGCAACCUGGAGGUGCACGCUUGGGAGGAGGGGGACGUCCCUCUGGAGGAACACAAACGCUGGAAUCUGGACUGCCCGUUCCUAAAAGAUCCCGACAGCGUCGCCAACUUCCGGAUCGGCGAAGAAAUAAUCGAUAAAAUGUCCAGCGACGGCGCCGGAAGCAUGAGUCAUGUGACGACCACGCCGUUCACCCCAGACGCGGCGUCGCGGAUGCACCGCCGCGACUACCGCGACGAGUCUGAGGACGAAGACGAUUCAGACAUUUCGAGCGUGCUGGUCUUGCUGCUUUUGAGAAUCAUUUGCCAGGAAAUCGCUCCCGGAGAGCAUCCCGAGUACAGUUCCGUCGCGAGUCGACUAAUCUCCUUUGAGAAUUGGCCCAAGUCGCAGCCACCGCAGGUCUUGGCCCGCGCAGGGUUUUAUUACACCGGCUGCGAGGACGAGGUCCGGUGCUUCUAUUGCAGCGCGGCGCUCAAGGAUUGGGACGACGAGGCCAACCCCGUCGCCAGGCACGCAAAUGCAAACCCGAGGUGCCGAUUUCUGGUGAGGAGGGCCUUCACCGAGCUAAUCCUGAACGGCGUUGAACGUCAUUGAGUGUAAAAUAAAAAUAAUAUAUACAUAAUUACUAAUUACAUUUAAAUGAGUUGCAUGUAAGGCAUAAUUCUUAAUAAAAGAUUUUAGUUGAAAAAGUUAUCAAAAGUAAAAAAAAAAAAAAAAAAAAAAAA